GCUGUGGUUCAGCUUCUGUUGCGAGUUCGCAUUGAUUACUGAAUUCCUUCUUUCAUGUGACAAACAUCGCAAUGGACUUCACCCGUCUGGGGUUUGUGGCCUUGUUAUGCGUUUGUGCACACGCCGCUUCGCCGCCCAAUUUCCUCGUGCUCUUCGCCGAUGAUUUGGGUUUUGGGGACUUGGGCUGUUACGGACACCCCAGCUCGCUUAGCCCGAAUCUGGACCGACUUGCAGCUGGGGGGCUCCGCUUCACGGACUUCUACUGCACCAGCCCCCUCUGCAGCCCGUCCAGGGCAUCGCUGCUGACGGGGCGCUAUCAGACCCGUUCGGGUAUCUACCCCGGAGUUCUGUACCCCGGUUCCGUAGGCGGCCUCCCACUAAACGAGACCACCAUCGCCGAGGUGCUGAAGCCUCUGGGCUACGCCACGGCCGCCGUGGGCAAGUGGCACCUGGGAGUCGGGCCCAACGGAACCUUCCUUCCCACCAGGCAGGGCUUCGACGAGUACCUCGGCAUUCCGUACUCGCACGACAUGGGUCCAUGUCACAACCUGACCUGCUUCCCUCCGGACGUAAAGUGCUUCGGGAUGUGCGACGUGGGCACCGUGCUGGUCCCGCUGAUGCACAACGAAGACAUCAAGGAGCAGCCUGUUAACUUCUUGGAUCUGGAACGAGCUUACAGCGACUUCUCAGCCAGCUUCAUCGCCUCCGCGUCCAAGAGGAAACAACCUUUCUUCCUUUACUAUCCUUCCCAUCACACCCAUUACCCGCAAUAUGCAGGGCCGGGGGCUGCCGGGAAGACGUCAAGAGGGCCGUUUGGAGACUCUCUGCUGGAGUUUGACAACACUGUCGGAAAGCUGCUGGCCACCCUGGAGGAGAGUGGCGUGAUCAACAACACGCUGGUCUUCUUCACGGCAGACAACGGGCCUUCGCUAAUGCGCAUGUCCCGAGGCGGCAAUGCAGGCGCUCUGAGAUGUGGCAAAGGUACCACAUACGAGGGCGGCAUGAGGGAGCCCGCCAUUGCCUUCUGGCCCGGCACCAUCACACCAGGUGUGACUCGUGAGCUGGCCAGCAGUCUAGACAUCCUGCCCACCAUCGCUAGGCUAGCCGGUGCUAGAGUGCCCCAAGUGGCGCUGGAUGGUUUUGACAUGACUGAAAUCCUUACCAACCAGGGAAAGAGUAAAAGGGAGGCAAUAAUGUUCUACCCCUCUGACCCAAGUGAACAGUUGGGCCUGUUUGCUCUGCGACUUGAGAAGUACAAGGCGCACUUCUACACGCGAGGUUCGACGCAUAGCAGCACCACCCCCGACAAAGAAUGCUCAGCGUUCUCCGUCCUAAAUUUUCACGACCCGCCGCUGCUCUUCGACUUGGAGGCGGACCCCUCGGAGCGCUACCCGCUCGUGCCGGGCGGCGAGACGGACGUCCCAGCAUUGCUGGAGAGGAUCAAGAAAGUCAAGGAGCAGUUUGAAGCAUCCAUGUCGUUCGGAGAGAGUGAGAUCGGGAAAGGAAGCGACCCGCAGCUGGAGCCUUGCUGCAGUCCGGAGUGCAGUCAGAAACCUCACUGCUGUCAGUGUUGACGGUUCAAAACAAACAGACUGUAGAAAUAACCCGAACCCUAACCCUAACCCAUGAAGGAGUUAAACAAAUGUAUUUCUUUGUGGUCUUUCUGUUGGCACUUAAAACUGUACAAUUUUAUAUUUCGUCAGCCUAAUAGCAUAAUUGCCCAAGUCAGAUAUUCUGAAAGUGUGGUACAAGUACCACGAGUGUUAUGCGAAAGAAUCACUGAAUUACUAUAUACAGUGGGUACGGAAAGCAUUCUGACCCCUUAAAUUUUUUACUGUUUGUUAUAGUGCAGCCCUUUGCUGAAAUAUCACACAGCCAUAAGUAUUCAGACCCUUUGCUCAGUAUUUAUUAGAAGCACAGUUUAGAAUUAAGGCCAAAACAUUCUGUCUUGGUCUCAUCAGACCAGAGAAUCUUAUUUCUCACCAUCUUGGAGUCCUUCAGGUGUUUUUUUAGCAAACUCCAUGCAGGCUUUCAUGUCUUGCACUGAGGAGAGGCUUCCAUCGAGCCACUCUGCCAUAAAGCCCAGACUGUUGACCUCACUCACCAAGGCUCUUCUCCCCCAAUUUCUCAGUUUGGCCGGACGGCCAGCUCCAGGCAGGGUUCUGAUCGUCCCAAACGUCUUCCAUUUCAGGAUUAUGGAGGCAACUGUGCUCCUAGGAACCUUAAGUUCAGCAGACACUUUAUUAGAACCUUGGCCAGAUCUGUGCCUUGCCACAAUUCUGUCUCUGAGCUCUUCAGGCAGUUCCCUUGACCUCAUGAUUCUCAUUUGCUCUGACUUGCACUGUGAGCUGUAAGGUCUUAUAUAGACAGGUGUGUGGCUUUCCUAAUCAAGUCCAAUCAGUAUAAUCAAACACAGCUGGACUCCAAUGAAGGUGUAGAACCAUCUCAAGCAUGAUCAGAAGAAAUGGAAACCACCCAAGUUAAAUAUGAGUGUCACAGCAAAGGGUCUGAAUUACUUAUGGCUGUUUGAUAUUUCAGUUUUUCUUUUUUAAUAAAUCUGCAAAAAAAUUCAACAAUAAAAAUGUUUUUCUGUCAAUAUGGGCUGCUGUGUGUACAUUAAUGAGGAAAAAAUGAACUUAAAUUAUUUUAGCAAAUGGCUGCAAUAUACAAAAGAGUGAAAAAUGUAAUACUUUCCGUACCCACUGUAUGUUCAAACUGUGCAUAAUGUUAGAGUGAUUUAAAUUUCCUUUUUUUUCUCCAGCACAGAACAUUUGUGAAGCACAGUUCACCUGCGUUUAACUUUUAAGUAAAAUACAGUUGCAUUUAAUCUUGUAGGACUAUUUUCAAAAUUGUACUUAGGUAAAAUUUUAAUGUAACUCAUUCCUUAAGUAGUUUUAUUAUUCCCUAAAUUUACAAGAGAGCUACGUUGUUGUUGUUUUUUGUGGUGGUACUUGAUUUUAAAAACUUUCAGAACCACUGGCCCUUUUUUAAAUUACACAAUAAAUUACUGGCCCUUUUUUAAAUUACACAAUUAAAUUACACAAUAGCAAUUUAAAAAAAAAAAAACAACAACAAUGUGCUUGCUCGUUUUUCAGUGUAGAUUCUCACACAUCAGCGCAAUUCACGAAGGUUGAACUGUGGCAGUUGGCUGAAAGCGUUAACAAUGACUUGGCCAAUGUUGCUGUUGGGCUAACAAGAUGUUUGCUAGCACUUAACGUACUGUUCAAGUCAAUUCUGACCUGUUUUGACAUUUGACAAUGAUAAAAUACUAUUACGAUGUAAUAUAAUGUAGCAGAUGAUUUAAAAAAAAAAAGCGAACUGGGCUGUUCCUAUUGGUUGAAUUUGUUGGUUGUUUUUCUUGUACAUGUAUACCACAGUAUACCCAUGUGCAGUAAAAGAUCAGAUCAUCACCUCCAA